UCUCUCCCUCUCUAUUUACCUCUCAUCCUUUGUAGGUGUACGGUCGGGUUGGUUUUGGCAAAAACCACGUUUUACGUAAACAACUGUUGAAUAUGUCCACCGACCAUCUGAAAACCCCAUGCAUGCAUGCAUCCAUCUCUGGCCCCAUUGCCAACAACAUUUGCAAGGAGGCCAUCUCUCUCCUGCAAGGACGAUAACCUUGUUUCUUUGCAUUGCUAACAAAAAAUCACCAUCCUCUCUCAUACAAAACGAUAUUACUCUUGAUCCAGAUAUAUAAUGAAAAAACUGAAGGGUGGUGAUCAAAUGAAUCGAAUGUUAAUGUUAUUGAUCAAGGUUUCAUAUAUUUGAUGCUUUUGGGAGUUGGUUUCCAAUAUGGCUGUAUACAAUAAUGCAGGUGCCCCAGGAGGUUCGUUCAUAUGUCUUAUCUCUUGCUUUUUAUUCGUAUCCAUCGUCGCCGGAGGCGGGUGCCUUCUGAUGUACAUGAUCCUGCCUGAACCACAAACCAGAGAUCAUUAUUGGCUUCCCAUUAUUGGGGUUGCGCUGGUUUGCCUUCCAUGGAUGUUCUGGUUCCUCACAUUCGUAUACAGAUUCAUUUCUCGGCGCUCUGGAUCUAGGUUUGGCGUUGGCAAUGCCGGAGGAGCUGGUGGUGCAAAAAAUAUUAAUACAGCUGCAGCUGCAAAUGUACGGCCCGGCACGGAUACGGCUACACCCGCUGAUAAGUCUUCAGGGGGUGAAACCGGUGCGAUGGUAGCUGGAGAGAUAGAAUUAGGAAGUUUCAAGGAUGGAAAGCGAAGGGUAUCUUCGUUAAGCCGCACUUCGUCAAGCAUCAAUGUAUCUAAUCAUUCUCAUGAGAGUGAAAUGCCUCUGGCCACAUCAAUGGCAUCUUGAUAUCUAAUUAAUUAUUAUAAGCAAUGCACAUGAGCUUCAAGAGCUUCAUCUUUGAGAAACAUUAAUGCCCUUAACUAGGGCAAAAACAAUGGUCACUAUAUCAACCAUAGAGAAGAACUUUAAUAGUUAGCAGCACCCAACAAUAUUAAUAUGUUAUCUGCUUUAAAAAUGUUGUAGAUUUCUCUUUCGGGUCUGAGAGGAGAUUUUUCCAUCCCCAAGAAUCACAUCUUUUCUCAUAUUCAAUCUCAAGUUUCAGCCGUGUGCGUUUUUUUUGUUCUCAAUGUUCAGCUCUGCCAAAAAUAUUUAUUCAAUAAUGUUACUUUUAUC